GCGGAAUCGAUAUUGUUUUAGAUAUAUUUCUGUUCAUAAAUCUCUCUAGAAUACUGGCCGUUUCCGCCAUCAUCAAGAUGCGGUUUGACCAUUUGAGGAUCAGUACUCAACAAUCCAAGGAUGCUAAAAUUGUUUGCUGCAGCAGUCCUCACACUGCAGGUGUGUGCUGCUGCUGGCCUGGGUGCCUACAAACAGCAUCACUCUGUGGAUGAAACAGUCAUGGAAAUGGCAAAGUUUGCUGUCCCUCGCAUCCAGAAGCACAUUAAAAGUGAUCAUUUCUUCACCUUGAGGUCUGUUAACAAAAUACACAAGCAGCUGGUGUCCGGCACCAACUACCGCCUGGAGGUGCUGCUGGUGGAAACUGACUGCGCUGCUGAGGCGGGCGCCGACGGCCUGGAGUGCGCCGCCGCCUCCCGACCCGACACUGUGACCUGCCGCCUGGUGGUGUACGACGUGCCGUGGACGGGCCACCGCGAGCUCACCAAGCACCAGUGCAGCACGCCGGCGCCGGCGCGCAAGGCUCAGGGCCGUCGUAAGCACGGCAAGCUGCGCCGGCGGCUCUGGGGCAAGCGGCUGGCCGGCAAGGAGCUGCUGGCGAAGUUCGCCGCGUUCGUGCGUCAGUACAAUCGCACCUACCCGAGCUCGGCCGAGUACCGCCGGCGCAUGCAGGUCUUUGCCGACAACAUGGAGCACGCGCGCAACUUCCAGCGCAUGGAGCGUGGCACGGCUCGCUACGGCAUCACCAAGUUCAGCGACAUGACAGUGGAGGAGUUCCGCGCGACGCGGCUGGGCCUGGGUCUGUCGCGGCCGCGCCCCGCACCCGCCGGCGCCUUCCGCCAGCCGGCCGUCAUCCCUGACAUCGCAGACAUGCCGGCCAGCUUCGACUGGCGGGACAAGGGCGCCGUCACCGCCGUCAAGGACCAGGGCCAGUGCGGCAGCUGCUGGGCCUUCUCCGUGACCGGAAACGUGGAGGGUCAGUACUUUAUCAAGCACAAGAAACUGCUGUCCUUCUCAGAGCAAGAGCUGGUCGACUGCGAUACCGACGAUCACGGCUGCCAGGGCGGCUGGCCCGACCAGGCGUACAAGUUCAUCGAGUUCCUCGGCGGCCUGGAGCAGGAGAAGGACUACCCGUACGAGGCGCGGAACGGCCAGUGCCGCCUCAACAAGACCGACCUGGUGGUGAAGCUGACCGGAAGUCUGGACCUGCCCAAGAAUGAGGCUGACAUCCAGAAGUGGCUGUUCGCUAACGGUCCGGUGUCCAUCGGCGUGAACGCCAACCCGCUCAUGUUCUACCAGGGCGGCAUCAUCGACGUGUGGUCGUUCCUGUGCAGGGCCUCAGCCAUAGACCACGGCGUGCUGCUGGUCGGCUUCGGCGAGCACGACUACCCGGUGGUGAACAAGAAGAAGCCAUUCUGGAUCGUGAAGAACUCGUGGGGCGGCAACUGGGGCGAGCAGGGCUACUUCCGGCUGUUCCGCGGCAGCGACGAGUGCGGCGUCCAGGACAUGGCCUCCUCCUCCGUGGUCGCCUGAGCGUCUGGGGCGCGCCUGUCCGGCUGCCGUCGAGGCCGCCGGCGGAAACGGACCCGAGCCGCGCCAGCCUGCGUGGCCGCUGUCUUCCGCGGUUACCCGGGGCAACGCGUGGCACGCGACAGAUUGCCUCUCGGACAUGCGCCGGUGGCUCUUUUAUAUAGCGGAGUUUGAGCCGUGUAGAGAUGUACUGGGGCUGAUUGCAGGGUCUGAUCUCGGUGUUGUAUGCGGCCGGACCGAUGGGAGGUCUCGUCCGGCCGCUCGUAGCUCUGGCUUGGAAUGCGGGUCACAACGUCGUUUAUCUACUUUCUAAACUGGCGGGACUGUUGUUCGCGUCGUCUUACUCGCGUACACCUAUGUACGGCCUGUCGUAUGCAUAUGUACGUCUGUCGAGAUUAUCACAUUAUACUCGAUGGUUUAGUGUUUGUGUAUAUUUGACAGGCGGCUGUAUCACGGCGAGUCGCUGGGCUGAUCAUGUGCUAGUGAGGUGGCUUAGAGAAUGGGACAGGUGAGUACAUGUCUGACCACUGUCUGCCGGCCGGCCUGCCGCCUGCGGGACGCGCACUAUGCUAACCGGCACUAGACUUGUGAGGAGCCUCCGGGCUUUGGAGCUUUGCCUCCGAACCAUGUGUUUGGUCGUACGUAGGUGAAUGGCGGUCGGCUUCCUGGCAUUAUUCGGGGAUUUCCGAGCCACCGCAUUAUUUUAUACUCGGCGCCUUUUCGUCGUAAGCGAAGCUGUAUCAAAGUCGGGAUCCGAGGCCCUCGGAGGCGUUGUACACUGCGUGAGAUUUGUGAAUAUAUCUGCCCGCGUCCUGAA